CUUGAUUUUUAUGCGUUCCCUUACUUUAGGUUUUUGAAUUACGGAGUUUGCCAAGGAAUGUCAAUAAAUUGAUCGGGGGAUCAGUUCCGUUGGCCGGGCCUCGGGUUGGACAGCACGUUGUUACAUACAUCUUUCCCAACGAAUGCUGCGAGGUCGUUCUGCCCCCGUUUGGGUACUCUUUCUUCUAAAUCUCCCACUCGCAGAUGGUGUUUGGGAAAGCGUCAGACUUUGGCCCGCAACUGAAGACGGGUUUGCAAGGGUGGAAGUGCAUGGCACCACUUUAGUCGAAAGAAGAGUAACUGGGGGAGAUGAUCGGCUAUCCUCUACGCUCUAUACAGAUUCAGAGCAGGGCGUUGUGCGUCCCAUUGACGCAACUAGUACUGCCUAUUCAACACUGGAGACGACAUCGUUCCUCAUACCAACCAACACGCCUCCUUUACGUGAAAAUGAGGUGUGGGUAUUCUCAAUAUCAGUUUAUACUGAAAUGGCUGGUUUUGAGACGGCUACUAUUUACAAACGGCCAAUCUUGGCGGUUGGAACAAAGCAACCGUCGCCUAAGAGUGUGUCCCCCGCACUUCCGACUUCAGUUGUUGGGCGGGAAACCAGCGCGCUUUCAGGCGAUCCUCAGGCCCCGUCUGCGAUUACUCUGACAGCAACCACGACAUUGAUCAGAACAAUCACAGUCGCAACCCCUUCUCCCACCAAUGUAACAUUAACCGAAACCAGCACCAAGGAGGUCACUCUGGGACCCUCGACAGAAUAUGUGACGAAGGACCCUGUGACGGUAUGGCAGACUCAAACACUUCGAACCACUCUCCCCGGUUCCCCGCAGACUUCGUGGAUGACAUCAACAAUUCUCGACGAACGAACCUCAACAGUGACCAUAUCCAUUCCGACGAUUACUACCAUCAAUGUCACCUUCACUGAGACAUCGGCGUCAACCGAGACUGUGACGGAAACCGAACGGGUGACUGUGGCUUCGAGCAUCACCACCGAUACAGUCGAUGCCAUAGCGCAGUCAUUCAAACCAUCUAAUACUUCGCGCGAGCUAUUGAAUGUCACGAGGACGGAGACUGAGACUUCAACAUCGAACAUCGUUCCUCUUAUAUCUACUCCUGAAUAUGCUAUUGGAGAAACUGAACAGUGCCCCAUCCAAGUCGAGCCCGGGAUUUUGACAAAUAACGAUGAACGAGAUUGCGCGGAGAGAGUCCUAGAACCUUGGAGGGCCGUGAGUGUCCUAGCAGAUCCCCACAGACCCUAUGAUUUCUAUGAUCUAUGGUAUCCACAUCGAAUCAAGUUGACGAUCAUCGAUGCAGGGUUUCGGUCCGAGAAGUACACGCUCGUCGCGAAUGGGGCACCAAUCGGUACGACUUCGGAUUUUGAUUCUGAUGUUAGCAACGAAGUCCAUUGCGGAAGGGCACCGAAAGAUGCUGCGAGAUGUCUUGUACGCGGGUUUAGUUGGGGAGUGUUCGUUCUCCCUGCGUACUCGCGAGGCGUCAGGUUGUUUACAUCUCAUACUAGUCGUUUUACGGGUCUUGCUGACCAAAGCAGCACCGUGUUAUAUAAGGUCACGUCGGUUUGCGAUUGAUGUGUAUUGGAACCCUUAUUAUUGUUAUUUUUGGCUUGAUCUAAUCCACUCGUCUUUGGCAAUCUCGUGAGUACUGUCCUGGUCGC